AUGCAGGUGCCCCCGCUGGGUGUUCUGAACGAGCUGAGUGACACCCCUGUGAAGAAGGAGAUGAACAUGGAGCAGAAGAGGCAGCAGGGGAACCCAAGGAACACUGUGCCUGUCUACCUCUGCACCGAUAGCGGGAUGGGCUGGUCUCGACCGCCCCCUCCUCACAAUACCCAGGAUGGACCUAGCGGGGGAGGGGAGGGGGACUAUAUGGUGUUACCCCGUAGGACGGUCAGUCUAAAACCCCCUCCACCCCAGGGGCUGGGCCUGGGGCUGGGGAGCGAGGACAAGCCCCUGAACAUCGCAGUGGACGACCCGCCUUUCCCCCCGCCCCCCUCACCCAUGACCCUCCACCCGGCGGAGAGCGAGGCAUACCCGGCCGACUUCAUCUCACCCGGCGACCACAGCAUGAAUAUUGCAAUGAACACGAACCGCUCCUAUGGGACGCUCAAGCAGCUCCCCAUGCACGGGGGUCAUGGUCCCCAGGGCCACAUGCACGCUCCGGGUGGCCACGUGCACGGCCACGGGCACUCGCUGCAGCUGAAGCCGGCCCAGAGGCCGUCGGUGAGGCAGAUGCUUACAGGAGGGGGAGGCACCCGGACCCUCCCACGCAACCUGGGCAGCACCAACGCUAACGCCAGCCUCUCCGCUGGCUCCCUGGAGGUAAAGAUGGAGCGAUGGGUAGAGGCAGGAAGGAAAGGAAAGACGGACAGGGAGAGGAGUAGAGAGGGGUGGUAUGUGUGUUUUCAACCAGGGUAGCACCAAUCAAACACCAGCCUCUCCACUGGUAAAGAGACCGUGAUGGAGGAAAGGGAGGAGAGGGGUGGAAAAGUGUUUUCAACCAGGGUAGCAUUAUAGCUACAGCUGACAUCAGUCUCUCUGCUAGAUGGCUCCCUGGACAAACAGAAAGAGGAAGGGAGUGAUGGAGGGAACAUAAAGGAGGAUGAGAGGAGAAGGGGCGGCAGAUGUGUGUGAGCGUGUGUGUGUGUGUGUGCGUGUGUGCGCGUGUGUGUGUGUGUGUGUGCAGGUCUAAAUAUAACCACUAGUCUGUUGUGUGUGUACAUGAGAACAGAGUGCUGUUCAUAAAUUAUUACUCAUUAUGUGUUAUAAUGAUGUACUGUACACAUUCAUGCGGAUGGAUAAACACACACAUGCGCACACACACUUGUGUGUCUAUAAUAGCCCUCCAGGCCUACAAGGAGGCAGAGCAGAUGAGGUGAGAGGGACCGGAGAACAGGGAGUACCCCUGGAGAUUGUCUGUCUGCUCACCUUAAUUACACACACAUACACACACAAAAACACUUGCCGUAGACACACAGACAAACCCUCUCUUUCUGUCUCUCUCUCUCACACACACACACACACACACACACACACACACACGCACACACACACACGCACACACACACACACACACAUACACACACACACACAAACACACACACACACACACACACACACACACCCACACACACACACACUAUCCUGCUGACUUGAUGAAGGAAUGGAGACAGUACUUACACUGAAGGACAGAGAAGUACACAUGCUUCUUUUAGAAUGAAAGACAUUACAGGCCAGUCAUUAAAACAUCUCACUCAGAUCUAUGUGUGCAUCCAAAAUGGCACCCUAUUCCCUAAUUAGUGCACUGCUUUUGACCAGGGCCCUAAGGGUAGGCCCAGUAUAUAGGGAAUAGGGGUAAUUUGGGACUCAGCCUAUGAGAACACUUCUGAAUAUCUUCAAACAUCACUCUGAGAGACCACUGGGUCUUCCCUGUGCUUAGCUUACUGUUUGUGUUCCAAAUGACAUCCUAUUCACUUUAUAGUGCACUACUUCAACUGGUCAAAAGUAUUGCACUUUAAAGGGAAUAGGGUGCCUUUUGGGACUCAUACAUCAUUUAUCAGAUGCUUGGAUAAUACAGUAAUUUCAACCUGUUUAAAUGUGCUUAAUUUGGAGAUGGGUAUCAGAACAAAUUACCUCUCCAGACUGAGAUUCAGUGCACCUUAAAAUCCAACUCAAAGAUGAAGAUGCAUAAUGUAACAGGUUACAGAAAUGGACUUGAUUGCUUUAGAUUUUGUAGAGGUUUGAGGUUUUGGUAUUGAGACUGAUUGAUUUGUAGAUUUUAAUGUGAAAGCUAACAUACAGUACCAGUCAAAAGUUUGGACACACCUACUCAUUCAAGGGUUUUUCUUUAUUUUUACUAUUUUCUAUAUUGUAGAAUAAUAGUGAAGACAUCAAAACUAUGAAAUGACACAUCUGGAAUCAUGUAGUAACCAAAAAAGUGUUAAACAACUCAAAAUAUAUUUUAUAUUUGAGAUUCUUCAAAUAGCCACCCUUUGCCUUGAUGACAGCUUUGCACACUCUCAACCAGCUUGGCAUUCUCUCAACCAGCUUCAUGAGGUAGUCACCUGGAAUGCAUUUAAAUUAACAGGUGUGCCUUCUUGAAAGUUAAUUUGUGGAAUUUCUUUCCUUCUUAAUGCGGGGGGGGGGGGGGGGGGGUAUACAGAAGAUAGCCCAUUUGGUAAAAGACCAAGUCCAUAUUAUGGCAAGAACAGCUCAAAUAAGCAAAGAGAAACGACAGUCCAUCAUUACUUUAAGACAUCAAGGUCAUUCAAUACAGAACAUUUCAAGAAUUUUGAAAGUUUCUUCAAGUGCAGUCGCAAAAACCAUCAAGCGCUAUGAUAAAACUGGCUCUCAUGAGGACCACCACAGGAAUGGAAGACCCAGAGUUACCUCUGCUGCAGAGGAUAAGUUCAUUAGAGUUACCAGCCUCAGAAAUUACAGCCCAAAUGAAUGCUUCACAGAGUUCAAGUCGCAGACACAGUCACAGACACAUCUCAACAUCAUCUGUUCAGAGGGGACUGUGUGAAUCAGGCCUUCAUGGUUGAUUGCUGCAAAGAAACCACUACUAAAGGACACCAAUAAUAAGAAGAAACCUGCUUGGGCCAAGAAACACGAGCAAUGAACAUUAGACCGGUGGACAUUUGUCCUUUGGUCUGGAGUCCAAAUUUGAGAUUUUUGGUUCCAACCGUCGUGUCUUUGUGAGACGCAGUGUGGGUGAACGGAUGAUCUCCACAUGUGUAGUUCCCACCAUAAAGCAUGGAGGAGGAGGUGUUAUGGUGUGGGGGUGCUUUGCUGGUGACAUUGUCUGUGAUUUAUUUUGAAUUCAAGGCACACUUAACCAGCAUAGCUACCACAGCAUUCUGCAGCGAUACACCAUCCCAUCUGGUUUGGGCUUAGUGGGUCUAUCAUUUCUUUUUCAACAGGACAAUGACCCAACACACCUCUAUGCUGUGUAAGGGCUAUUUUACCAAGAAGGAGAGUGAUGGACUGCUGCAUCAGAUGACCUUGCCUCCACAAUCCCCUGACCUCAUCCCAAUUGAGAUGGUUUGGGUUGAGUCGGACGGCAGAGUGAAGGAAAAGCAGCCAACAAGUACUAAGCAUACGUGGGAACUCCUUCAAGACUGUUGGAAAAGCAUUCCAGGUGAAGCUGGUUGAGAGAAUGCCAAGUGUGUGCAAAGCUGUCAUCAAGGCAAAGGGUGGCUAUUUGAAGAAUCUCAAAUAUAAAAUCUAUUUUGAGUUGUUUAACACUUUUUUGGUUACUACAUGAUUCCAUAUGUGUCAUUUCAUAGUUUUGAUGUCUUCACUAUUAUUCUACAAUGUAGAAAAUAGUAAAAAUAAAGAAAAACCCUUGAAUGAGUAGGUGUGUCCAAACUUUGGUCUGGUAGUUUAAAUCAAUUUUCAUAAAGUCUUGAAAAGCUCUGUAAUGGUGUUUGCCACUGUGAAGAGACUGAUAGGAAGUGAAAGAUGAGGGAGUUAUGAGGGUGUAAGGAAGGAAGGAGAGGGGUAGGUAAGACAAACACACAUAAUAUGAAUAUUACUCCCUUUUUCCUUCCCUGUUAAUGUCAUGCUGGUGGGCAUUCCUUUAGUAAGGACAACAGGUGUAAUUUUAAUUUGAUCACCCUGUUGUUGCAGGAAAUGUCCUGCAUUACAGAAAACACAAACUUGUAGUAUAUUUGAGGUUUAAAAAGGGCUUCUAAAGUUUGUCAUUUCCACUUUGAAAUGUCAGACUUUAUGAAAUAAUGUUUUUAUCAACCCCUACCAAAAUGUCCAUUAAUUAUAAUCCACACAAUUAUUCACAUUUCCUGUUGCUCCAGGAUUAUUUUUAUGCAGUGAGAAACUGGUCAAAUUAAGAUCCUACAUCUGUACACUCUUAGAAAAAAAGGUGCUAUACAGGACCUACAAGGGUUCUUCGGCUGUCCCCAUAGGAGAACACUUUGAAGAACCCUUUUUGGAUAGACAUCUUUUGUUUCCAAGUAGUACUGUUUUGGGUUCAAUCCAGAAACCUUUCCAGAGAGGAUUAUACAUGGAACCCAAAAGGGUUCUACCUGGAAACAAAAAAGUAUUUUACCUUGAACCAAAAAGAGACAGCCGAAGAACCCUUUUGGAACCCUUUUUUAGAAGAGUGUAUAUUCUGACAGAUACACGUACACUUGACAUUGGGUAAUGAUAGUAUGCUUCCAACUAGGGUGUGUGUAUGGGAGGGUGGAUGUGUGUGUUAGUAUGUGUGCCCUCACUUAAGUACACAGUGCAUGUGUGGGUGUUGAUUGUGUACUGUACGGUACUUGGGAUCCUCAAAUGUCAUGGGAUUGCUUUUCGGAAGGUAAGAGGAUAUACACAAUGUGAUGACAGCAGAAAGUGUUUGAAUGAGAGAGAUCUGAGAGUCAUCGCCUGUCUUUUGCACUCACUUGGCAUCAACACACUCAGGCUGCGUCUGAAAUGGCACCGUAUUCACUAGAUAGUGCACUACUUUAAACCAGGGCCCAUAUACACAUUUCAGACACACCCUCAGUUCUCUAGACCAUGUUGGCCUUUUUCUUAUUUCCUUUCUGUCUGCCUAUAAAACCUUGGCUGUAUUAGCCCUGAAUCAUUAAGUCCAGCCUUUAAAAGCAGGACCAAGGCUUUCAGCUAACUGUAGGGCCCAGUGGAGGCUGCUGGGGGAAGGACGGCUCAUAAUAAUGGCUGGAACGGUGCAAAUGGAAUGGCAUCAGACACAUAGAAACCAUGUUUGAUGUAUUUGAUACCAUUCCACAAAUUAAGUUCCAGCCAUUACCACAAGCCCGUUCUCCCCAAUUAAGGUGCCACCAACCUCCUGUGGUAGAGCCAAUCUUCUCAGUGGUGUAAUGGGUUUCUGAGAGAGAGAGAGAGAGAGAGAGAGAGAGAGUUAACUGUUAAAUGGACCACAUACAUUAAUCUCUUAGUGUAGGUACAGCCUUCCAUUAGGUCACACCAAGUUGUUUAAUUCAAAGCAAUUUACAGUGAACACGUUUAUUCAGAAUAUGUUGACCAUGUGGGAAUAAAACCAAGAAAGGCUUUGUUGCAUGUUCCAUUAACGUAGCCAUCAGAACUACGUAAUAAUUACAUUUUUACCCUGCAUUACGUAUUUGUGUGUUUGUGUGCGUGUUUUGUGUAUGUGUGUGUAUGUGCGUGUGUUUGUGUGUGUUGAUGAUUAGAGGAGGGGUCCAGGGAUCUACAGACAUUGAUCAAAUCUUCUCUUCCCCUGCCCCUCACCCCUCCUCCCUCAGAGGAAAAGAGUACGGUACUCUGAGCUGGACUUUGAGGUAAGAUCCCGCCCUUCACUCUCCCCUCAGCCUGUCUCUGCUUCUGUCCGCUUCAGCCAGGUUUGAUUGACGCAUAGAGGAGCCAAUGGCAUCGCUAAACACCUAAACACCCUUUCCCUUGCGCCUGUGUCUCCCUUGCAUUUGACUUGGUACAGUCCAUGUAUAGUGUGGCCUGUUUCUACAACAAGGAUCUAGAUGGAUUUGGUUUUGACUGAUUUUAGCUUGAUUGGCCAAAAUAUUUCUAUAUUGUACAUACAAAAAAUUACUUUAUUUAACUUUUUUCAAUCUGAAUCAGUCAACCAUUUCAAUCAGAAUGGAAAAUGCACAAUGGGGUGCAAGGACCUGGUUGAAGAAACAAUGGUGUAGUCAAACGCUUUGAGUGGAUUAAUUAAUGAAUGAAAAUGUGAUUGACGGUGAGUUGGUGUUUGUGAAAGUUUGGUAGGAUAUGUGUGUUUUGCGGGUAAUUACAUGUGUGUGCGUGUUUGUGUGCAAUAAUCGCUACAUGGAAUGAAUAAGCCCUAGGAAUCUUGCAAAUCUCCAGUCUCAAACAGCCCCGAAAAACUAAACUAAACCCCUUUACUUCACUUCAUUAAGUGAGUGGCUUUCCUUCCCCCUUUAUCCUUACUUUGUAAAGACUGGAGACUUGCUUUCCAAUGUGGAGGCCUCGUCCAUAGUAGAACUAAGGUAUGUGUGGACUGUUGCACAACUAACAGGCUAACAAGCACUAGCGCUUAGCUACAGUAACCUGGAGCAGGAUGAUGUUGCCUAAGGGCAACUAUUACCCAGAGCUUGUAAUCCUUCCUGACUGGCGUAGUCUGUGAAACUGCAUGAUAUUUUCCUCAAAAUGGCUGAAUUCCUGUGUCAAAAUGGACACCAAUGUAGCCCUCUACCUAGUAAGUGUCUGAGAGAGAAAGAUUUAAGGUAGAGUGAGAGUUCAAGACAAAAAAGAAAAAGAAGAGCAGUGAUGACAGAGAAGACAGCGGGGAGAAAAACAGAUGGACAGAGUAAAAGAGAGAGAGAGCUUUGAAGUGCAGAAGAGGUGAACUAUAAAGGAAGUAGGCAUACACCUAAAAUAAAUGACUUAUAAAGGCAGACUCAGAGAGAGAGAGAACUGACAGAGAAAGAAAGGGAGAGAAGAGAGUGCAGGCUCUGUGGUAAUCGGUGGCAGCAGUCACAGCCGGCCCUUGGCCAGAGUGUCUGAGUGUGUGAGUGUCGCCGUCUGGCCCCUGUGUCUCUCUUGGCCCUCGAGCUGCUGCGCCGAUUAGCCACCGCCAUGCUGCUAAAGCGCUAGCCAUUAGCGAAAAGAGCAAGUCGCUGUGACAAGGUCUCUCUCCUGUCAGGGACUUCCACUUGUAAUAGGAUGUAGUUGCUCUUAGACGCUGGGAUACAGUCAGUUGAGUCUUUACCAGUUUAAAUGGUGAGGGUGAGGAUUUGGGGAGGGUAAGCUGAUCCUAAAUCUGUGCUUACAGGGAAUGUUUACUCAUUGCCACAUCCCUGCAGGCUAAUUGCUAACUAGCUAAUGCUACCCUUCUAACUAGCUAACGCUACCUUGCUUACUAGCUACCGCUAACAUUAACGCAGCCUGCUUGGUGCCCAUAUCCAUUCAGAGCAAACUCAUAUACAUGUCACAGCACAGGCAGAAUCAAAUCCUAAUAGUUAGACGUUAGAGAGAAGACGAGAGGACUGAACCAGCUGUCUAUCCAUCUAUCCAUCCCUCUCUUCCCCUCCUCCCCCUUGCCGCGGCUGGCAUCACACUGUCCCUUGCCCUCUUCCGCUUCAUUGGCCUCUCUUCCCUCUAUCCGUGUCUCUUUAGCUUUUAUUUUCUUAUUCUGUUCAUUUUUGUUGUACCUUCCUCUCCCUUCCAGAAAGUGAUGCACACUCGCAAAAGACACUCUGAGCUGUACCAUGAGCUCAACCACCCCACCACCAAGUUCCACACCAUAGACAGGUAUAACAGGGACCCCGCAAUAUCCACCUUCAAGGUAAGAGCCCGACCAUACGGGGCAAGUGGGAAACGGGAGCUAGCUUUCCCGCACCUCAACCCCUGCGACCACCCAUGCCACUCCCUUCUCCCCCCACACUGA